AUGAAACCUUACGUAGUUAUAUCUGAUGUUGAAAAGGCUUUUCUGCAGGUCCGGCUGCAUGGACAGGACAGAGACGUAACAAGAUGUUUUUGGAUAAAAGAUACGGCUCUCCCACCUGAAAAAGACAAUAUUAUGACUUAUCGGUUCACAAGAAUUACAUUAGGUUUAAACGUUUCUCCUUUUCUACUAGCGGUAACUAUUCGAUACCACCUAAAUCAUGAGAUUAAGGACCAAAAACUAGCAUGCGAAAUCGGCGAAAACUUAGAUGUGGAUAACCUUAUAUUAACAGGCGACAGCGAAGAGGAAAUUUUGGAGAAACCCCUAACAACCCGUAAGGUAUUUUUUCAAAUGAACAUGAACUUGCGUGAGUUUCUUGCAAAUGACAGCAGGGUGCAGGAAAAAUUCCCACACGAAAUCUGCGCAAGCAAAGCAACUCAGAAAGUUCUGGGAAUCCCUUGCGAUGCCAAUAACGACACAAUAUCAAUAGAGUGCAAGUUUAUGGAUACACCAAACAUCACGAAAAGAUCCAUUGCUCGUCAAAUUGCCUCCAUAUACGAUCCUUUGGGGUGGUUAGUUCCAUUGCUUAUCCCGCAUAAAUGUUUCCAACAAAAGUUAUGGCUAGAAGGCCAUACGUGGGAUCAAGAAUUAUCACCUCAGCUUUGCGAACAAUGGAAAACGAUGAGACAAAAUGCCAAUGACUUUCAAAAGACUUUGAAACGUGAGAUAUUAGUGCAGGCCCCUAGCGACAUGGCGGUCUUUGCUGAUGCAAGCGACCAUGCCAUGGCUACAUGA